GUCAUGCAGCGCAAAUGCAUUAAAUCCAGCACAUUUAAAUAGAACUGUGCACAUGUAAUGGAGUCCAUUUUUAUAUGUUGCUUUUAGGUAAUGUCAGAGUAGUUAGCUACUUAAUCAACCAGACUCUGUGUCACAUUAAUAAAGCUCCAGAGGAGUAAACAAAUACUUUCUCUCUCAUUAGGACUAUUUCCGCACUGCUAGAGCAGGAGGAAGUUGCCGGUUAAUGAUGUGUAGAUCACAAGGUAAUAAAUUAAACACACAGUAGAAUUAACAAACCUCGAUAUUUCAUGGACAUAAUAUGAUGACGGAUGUGUAAAUAGUUAUCCCAGUCUCAUCAGAGUGCUUGAGCAAAAGCGCGCCUUAUAUGUGGUGAGUGAAGAAGAAGAAUGGUGGUAAAGGCUGAGAGUAAGGUAUAAUUAUUAGUAAAACAUAAAUGCCCUUUGAGGUUGGAGAAAGCAUGAAUAUAAAAUGUGUUAAAUAAAAGUUUUUUUGUGGUCAUCACAGGCCUCUAAUUAAAGCAGAUGAAAGCAAUGUAAAGUCAGUGGGAAAGAAAAAGAGGAAUAUAAGGUCUCAUCCCAUCCAUUUGUCAAUUUGGAGCGCGGUAGCUAAAGAUUUUCAGUUUAUUAGAGGCUUAAAAUUAGAAGAAGGGGAUUAUCAACGGAAUCCUUCAUAAUUAGGUCCAGUGGGUGAAAGUCUUAGAAACAAUAAACUUAAGAGGCUGGAAAGUCAAGGUGAUUGGACAUAGAGGAAGAAAACAUGUUUACAUGAUUGAGGGAUGAGUCUGCAUUUCACAUGUUACAAAAACAGUACUUCUGUCAUCGUUACCCAAGAGUAGGAUCUUUUAUAGUAUUUUGUGACGCAGAGGAAAACCAGUCCUCCCUUCAACUGCUGCAGACACUGUUGCCUUUAUUAACCUGUUUGCCAUGAAUGAGACAUCGUCUUCCCUCUGUGCUGUCUCGGUCUACCUGAACCUCUGUGCCACCUCUAAAGUCCUGCUUCUGAUCCCUGGUUUUGGCUUGAACAUCUUAAUCCUGGUCUCCCUGAUGGCCUGUCUCCUCAGCCGGCAAAACAAGAUAAGGAACAAUGUGGCAAUAUUCAUCCUUGGAAGCACCAGUUGCAACCUCGUCAACUUGAUCCUGUGGCCCAUGACCAUCCACUGGAGGAAGCAUGGCUUCUGGCUGCUGGGCUCUCGCUUGUGUGAAGUCAUGGUGAGCGCCAAACACCUGACAAGCUCCGCUUCCUUCCACUACAUCUCCUUCAUUACUUUAUCUAUUUAUCUGACAGUGGUGUGUGGCUGCAGGCACCUGGCAAACAGCAGGCUCUUCUUGACCACGCAGCUUCUGUUCCCUGUUCUUCUUGUGGGGCUGAUGGAGCUGACCCUGUGGCUCCUGGGAAGCCGUGUAAAUCACCUGGAUCCUAUCAGCCUCACUUGCUUCUCCUUCAUUAAUGAUAAAGUCACGAGGGUCCUUCUGUUGGUGAAGACUGCGGUAUUUCUCCCAUUAAGCCUGUAUUUUUACGCUCACAUUCUACACAAAAUUGUCAAGAGCGCCAAGAUGAUGCACAGGAGCCAGAGAGUCAAUGUGCACCUGUCCAAAGUCUUCAGUCUCAUAUCUUUCAUUACCUUCACAUCACAUAUGCCUGGUGCUGUGUUUGCGCUGAUGGAGCACCUAUCUGUGUGUCAGGAGAUGGUCAGAGAUUUCCUGCUGGAUCUGCCUUUACUCGCCAGCCCCAUGAUCCUGCUCUGUAUGAAUAAAGAGCUGAGGAACCAGUGUGUGCUACUGCUGCAUCGCAACACUGCCAGCCACUACAUGGAAAAAAAAAUCCAUCAGCAGCACCGGCGAGCAGCACAAGAACUUGACUUCUGGAGGAACUGACCCAAAUCACCUCUAAAUGAUCAGGCUGUUAUAUAUAAGUCUGUGAAGUUAAACUUUGUGUGGUGCACUUAAACUAUCUAUAUAUGCAAUGUCAGAGAAGUUAGGCUACAGUACUGCAGAUGUCAGAGUGUGAUACAGGCAUGAACUGGAGCUGAUUUAAAAGAUAUUUUAGAUUUUGUUGUUCCCCAUUAACAGAUUUAAUUUGUCAUUGAGAUGGAUAAAUAUUGAAGUAGAAAAGACAAGCAAACAGCACGUCAGAAAACAAGUAAAGACACGGUUUUGUUUUGUACAGUGAUUUUUAUGCCUGUACAUGUACGUGUGUGUUUGCUGUGGGGUGAAUGUUAUGUAGGCUGUAGUAUUUUAUAUGCAGCUAGACAACAUUAAUAUUUAUUGGAUUAUGCAGCUCUGCAGCUGAAUCUCUGCUUGUGCUUGACCAGUGGGUAUGCUGUGACAUCUAGUGGUGAUUUACUGGACUGCAGUUACUUAAUCACUGGAGAUGUUAAACAUAAAUAGUAGACUUCAACUUCAGUUAUUUGUUUGUUUGUUCACAUAUCUUUUUUUUUUUUUUUUACACAGUUUUGCAUGCGAGUCUGGUAUCUGCAGAGGUUGCAGCAGCAUUAACAUAAAUCUUUCUAUUUUCAGUGGUUAGAAUAAAUUUUUGCUUUAUUUUGAUCAAAUAUAGAAAUGGCAGCUAAAAGUAAUCUUACAACAACAAGUAAAUUUGGCUCAAUAAAAUUCUUAAAAGAACCUACACGUUUAUGUUGGGUGAUUGACAUCUCUGCUGUUGAAUACUGUUCGUGGUCACUAGGUGGUGCUGUCUGCUCACAUUUGAACCUGCUGCUUACAGUAAGUCAUGAAUGACUGAAUAAUAUUCAUUAAUCUUCAUGAUAGUUAGAGGGAUGCAGCAUUGGGUAAUGAAUAUGCAUAUUUAUGAGCUUCUUCACUCAUGACUUAGAAAAUCCAAGCACAUUCAAGUUACAUAUUCCCCCACAGCUGGGCUGCCUUAAUUUCCAUGAAGCUUCUCUGGGUCACCAUCAGCAUGGCGCGCCCACCACUCCAACUUUAACCCCAGAAAUUUCCCAGGGGCCCCUGCAUCAUGGAGAGGCAUAUAGAAAAUGAUAAUUAGUGGCAUCUCCCUGACUACACACAUGUUAAGUUAACUAGAUGAACCACAAUUAACAUAUUACUGAAAUGGUUUCGUGAUUCGCACAAUGGAAAGCUGCUGCAGUGCACCACCGCAGCAGUUGUUUAAUACAAGCUGACUAAUAUGCCAAUCAUUAUCCAAUUGUUUUGACUGUAUAGUUAUGUAAAUACAUGUAAAUAUAGGACACAGCAAGAAAAGCUUAUUGCAAUAUCAACACUUAGGUUGCAUACUUCCAAUACUUCGAUUUUUCUUUCCUUUACCUUAAAAAGCGGUUACGCAUGUACACACCUGAGCUUAGGCACUUUCCUUUGCUUUUUCAAUGUAUCACAGUAAUUUCUCUUUUGGUUAACACAAUAUUCAGUAAAUCAUUAUGGAGUGUGCUUUGUUUACUUAGUGUACUUUGUGUGUGUUUGUUUUUGUUUUGUUUUGUUUUUUUACAGUUUAUAACAGCUAAACUGCUCGAUGUUGAAUAAAUUGUUUUCAGCAAAG